ACCAACCCUACAAGAUGCACUUAGAACCCCCGCGGCUGGAAGAAUGAGCUUGUCCUUCCUCCUCCUCCUCUUCCUCAGCCACCUAAUCCUCAGCGCCUGGGCUCACGGGGAGAAGCACCUCGCCCCCAAAGGGCAACCCGGACCCGCAGCCACCGGUCGGAACCCGGCGGGCGCCAGCAGCAGUAGGAGCAGCAGGGGCACGACGUCUUCCUCUUCUUCCUCCGUCUCCUCCUCCCCCUCGGCUUCUCUGGGCAACCAAGGAAGCGGCUUGGAGCAGAGCAGUUUCCAGUGGAGCCCCUCGGGGCGCCGGACCGGCAGCCUCUACUGCAGAGUGGGCAUCGGUUUCCAUCUGCAGAUCUACCCGGAUGGCAAAGUCAAUGGCUCCCAUGAAGCCAAUAUGUUAAGUAUUUUGGAAAUAUUUGCUGUGUCUCAGGGGAUUGUAGGAAUACGAGGAGUUUUCAGCAACAAAUUUUUAGCGAUGUCAAAAAAAGGAAAACUCCAUGCAAGUGCCAAAUUUACCGAUGACUGCAAGUUCAGGGAGCGAUUCCAAGAAAACAGCUAUAAUACCUAUGCCUCAGCAAUACACAGAACUGAGCCAGCAGGCCGGGAAUGGUAUGUGGCCCUCAACAAGAGAGGGAAAGCUAAGCGAGGCUGCAGCCCGCGGGUUAAACCCCAGCACAUCUCUACCCACUUUCUGCCAAGAUUCAAGCAGCUGGAGCAGCCAGAACUUUCUUUCACCGUCACUGUUCCUGAGAAGAAAAAGCCACCCAGUCCUGUCAAGCCAAAGGUUCCCCUUUCUGCACCUCGGAAAAGUCCCAACACCGUGAAGUACAGACUCAAAUUUCGCUUUGGAUAAUAUUCUUCUUGGCCUUGUGAGAAACCAUGCCUUCGCCUCAGGAGUUUCCACGGGUGUCUUUAUGGCUCUGAAGAAAAACGUUCGGACACACCUGCAGCUACACUCCACCGUAGUGAAGUCCAGUCACUUGUUUCAGCGCGACUGAAACAAAACUGUUUUCUGAUAGGAACUGAACUGGAAUUCUUUGUCCAACAUAGGGAGCACACUGCUUCAGUCAGGACGACAUAAAGGCUUUUGCUUUAUGCUUCGUGCAU